UAUUUUGGCAAUGUACAGCCGCUAAUGAUUGUGAUCACAGAGCAGAGCUCGGAGCAGUUGCCUGCUUUCCUUUUUUCCUCUCAGCAAGUUUGAUCAUGUAGCUCUCACAGACGCAGCAGGGAUUAGAGAGUUAAACGAAUGGCACGUCGGCUGCGCUUGCAUUUCGCGUCAAGGAGAAGCAACACGGACCCUCUGUCAGAAAGCCUCAGCAGCCAUGGUGAGGAGAGCGCAGUCAGUGUGUCAGCUCGUAGCCCCGCAGAGAGUCUGGCGCACAGUUCUGUCCACUUGAAGGUGACUCCUCUGUCACCAGACUAUGCUAAUUUACAGCGCUACUCUUCAGUAUUCAUACCCAGGGUUAACAGUGGAGGAUUAAAUAAGAAGAGCAUUGUGCAGAUCUCGCUGCAACCGUGUGGGAAGCUCAGUGGAGAGCUGGAUGGCAGUUUAGAGGAUGGAGACCCGGGUGCCGGUGAGGGAGGAGCGGGCAGUGGUUCUGACGGAGGCUCGUGCAGCAGCAGCAUGGCCAGCGAUGCCGGGUACUGUAGCAGCAACAGCAUCUUUGAGCCAGAGGGUUCGGAAAAGCACAGGACCACCCAGGAGAGGAGUCAACCCUGCUGCAAGUCCAAGGUCCCGCUGAGACGGUGCUCCUCGUUGGUGAUAUUUCCAAAGAGCCCCUGCAGCACCCCGCCUGCGUCCCCAGUGAGUCCAGUGGCUCUACCUGCGCUCCCACCAGCAAGAGGGUCUCAUCAGUCAUCGCUUCAAACAUCUUCCAAUGAACUUUCACAAGAUGAUGAGGAAGUGACUUGCAAAGGGUCCACCACCACGGCAGUAAGCGGACAUCGUCUCCCAAAAGGAGGCUGUUUUGCCGAGUUGAGGGACACCAAACACAUGGUGCAAUUUAAUAUUCCUUUACAGGAUGAACCAAAUGGCAAAAUGGAGGACAGGAAUAAAAUAAGGGAACUGUCGUCAACUUUAGACAGAUCAAAUCGUCACUCUAGCAGAGUUUUGCUGCACUUUGCCCACCAGAGACCAAUAAUGUUUGGGAAGGGAGCCACAACCACGGCUACUGUCAACGUGGAAUAUCCUGACGCUCCUGACCCAGCCACACAGCCUGAGGGUGAGCACGACCCUCGCAAAAAACUGUAUCGCAGUACUUCUGCUUGUUUGUUCUCCUCAACUAAACCAUCAGGAAAAGGGCAGGAAAGGCCUGAGGAAAAACACUGUCAUCGAGCCAUACAAAGGAGCUUUUCCCUGGAGGUGCCCUACGCUAACACUGGGAUUUCAUGUCACGUUUCAAAUCCAAAACUCAGUAGCCCUCACUCUCCACAUGUGCACAUUCAUCUGUCUCCUUUCUGCCCAGCUAAGUUGCCUAGCUCUGAUGUAAACACAAGCCACAAAGGGAAUAAUACACCAAAGAGCCCAGUUCUAAACACCAAGACGCGUGAUGACUUUCUUGGACAGGUGGACGUCCCUUUAAAUCAGAUACCGACAGAAAAUCCUAGAACAGAAAGGCCAUACACAUUCAAGGAUUUUCUGCUUCACCCACGAAGCCACAAGUCCAGAGUCAAAGGUCACCUGCGUCUCAAAAUGACAUAUCUGCCAAAAAACUCAGGCUCAGAGGAGGAAACAACAGAGCAGACUGAGGACAUGGAUCCUAGUUGGGAGUAUCUGGAGGCACAGGACAUGUCAGGUCCCAGACAAAGCCAGCUGCUGCCUGCUCUGCCCCCUGGCUGGGAGGAGCGGCAGGACAACCUGGGAAGAACCUUCUAUGUCAAUCACGAGAGCAGAACCACGCAGUGGCAACGACCCACGAUCCAGGAUGGUGAUGAGGAGACGCAAAGAAGACAGAACAAUAAUAUGGACUCGGAGCAUGCUUUCAUUACACGCAGACAGAUCUCAGACCCGGAUGAGAACACCACACGAGAGUCUCCUGAGAGCUGGGAGAUCAUCACAGAGGACGAGUCCACCUUGUACCACAGCAAUAACCAGAUCACAUCACCUCCACCACCACACUCAUCUACAGAGUUCCAACCGUUCCGCGACGAGCCGAGAAACACUCACAUGCCUUGGGUCACAGCUAGCGAGCGUCGCACCUCCCAGAGGGAUCGUGCUAGUAAUUCAAGCCAUUCCAGUCUCAGAGGAAGUGCCCAGACUUCAACAGGAGAGGAACAUCCUGUUAAUCCUGUGCUGCUUCCAACCUCAGCUGGGCUUCCUCCAGGCUGGGAGGAGAAACGAGACCUCAAAGGAAGACGCUACUAUGUCAACCACAACACCCGAACCACUUCAUGGACACGACCUCUCAUCCAGAGAACCGCAGAGGUAUCAGCACCACCAGCACCAGCAGCAGCACCACCAGCACCACCAGCACCACCAGCAGCAGCAGCAGCAGCAGCAGCAGCAGCAGCAGCAGCAGCAGCAGCACCACCACCACCACAGAGGGGUCCUGGUGUUCCCCAGAGCCUGACUCCACCCUUGCCAGCCAUGUCCCCCGAGGGGUCUCCUCAGCACGCCCCAAGCCCUGAGGCCACACAAGAAUCUGGCUUCUUGCCAGUUGGGUGGGAGGUUCGCAGUGCUCCCAGUGGAAGACCGUUUUUCAUUGACCACAACACAAAGACUACUACUUGGGAAGACCCCAGGCUCAAGAUUCCUGUGCAAAUGAGGAGGAGACCCUCCCUCGACCCGUCUGAUCUCGGCCCUCUGCCGCCUGGCUGGGAGGAGAGAGUCCACAGUGAUGGGAGGAUAUUCUACAUAGAUCACAACACCAGGACCACACAAUGGGAUGACCCCAGAUUACAGAACUCAGCUAUAACUGGACCAGCAGUGCCUUAUUCCAGAGAUUAUAAACAGAAGUAUGACUACUUCCGGAAGAAGCUGAAGAAACCGGCCGACAUCCCAAACCGCUUUGAGAUGAAGAUGAGAAGAAAUGCGGUGCUGGAGGACUCAUACAGACGCAUCCUCUCAGUGAAGAGGGCAGACCUGCUGAAGGCACGACUGUGGGUGGAGUUUGAGGGAGAGAAAGGACUGGACUACGGUGGCCUGGCCAGGGAGUGGUUCUUCCUCAUGUCCAAGGAGAUGUUCAACCCGUACUACGGACUGUUUGAGUAUUCUGCAACGGACAACUACACACUGCAGAUUAACCCCAACUCAGGUUUAUGUAAUGAGGACCACCUGUCCUACUUCAAGUUCAUCGGCCGCGUGGCAGGCAUGGCUGUUUAUCAUGGCAAACUGCUUGAUGCUUUCUUCAUUCGUCCUUUCUACAAGAUGAUGCUGCAGAAGCCGAUCAUUCUCCAGGACAUGGAGUCUGUGGACAGUGAAUAUUUCAACUCCUUGAUGUGGAUUUUGGAGAACGACCCAACAGACUUGGAUUUGAGGUUCACCAUCGACGAGGAACUCUUUGGACAGACUCACCAGCAUGAAUUGAAGUCCGGUGGCUCAGAGAUCGUCAUCACUAAUGACAACAAGAAGGAGUACAUCCAUCUGGUAAUGCAGUUUAGGUUCGUGAACAGGAUACAGAAGCAGAUGACUGCAUUCAAAGACGGAUUCUUUGAGUUGAUACCACAGGAUCUGAUCAAGAUCUUUGAUGAGAAUGAGCUCGAGCUGCUCAUGUGUGGUCUCGGAGACGUGGACGUGAAUGACUGGCGAGAGAACACCAAGUACAAGAACAACUACUGCGCCAACCACGUCGUUAUCCAGUGGUUUUGGAAAACGGUGCUGUUGAUGGAUGCAGAAAAGAGAAUCAGGCUCUUACAGUUUGUGACAGGAACAUCAAGGGUCCCAAUGAACGGCUUUGCUGAACUCUAUGGGUCUAACGGACCACAGCUGUUCACCAUCGAGCAGUGGGGAACACGUGAUAAACUCCCCCGAGCCCACACAUGCUUCAACCGACUGGACCUGCCUCCUUAUGAGUCGUUUGAGGAGCUGAGGGAGAAACUUCACAUCGCCAUUGAGAAUGCACAAGGCUUCGACGGUGUGGAUUAGAGUUUUUGCUGUUAUUGAGCUGAACUGACAUUACUGCAUGAUGUGGUCGAGAAGUUGAUGAGAGACACAAGCCAUGCAUCAGAUUCGGGUGUUGACGUACCAGCUGUGUGACGGAUGAAGGACAGUCACGCAGCCUUCACUUUGGUCCUCGGUUGAGGCACACGUGGAGAAAGGACAUUAUAUCUGGAGUGACAGAGGUAUUUAAUCACUCUACGUGUUCUUAAGUUUACAAAGCAAAAAUGCAAAGCUGUAUACUGUUUAGCAAAAACAUUUAACCUUUAAAACAUUAGUUUCAUUUGGGCUGAAUUGCCUCAGAAAAACUUUCUCAGAUUCUCACAUCAGGUAUUUGUAAGAUUUUGUCUUCACUUUGUUGUCGUUGGGAAAUUAGUUAAGUUGUGUAGCUUCUUUGUUGAAAUCCUUUAACUUGUCCCGUCACCUCAUGUUAGCGCUGGAAAGAGUGGACCAUGGGUCAGAAUACUCAUUAAGUUCAACACAAGGAUAGCAUCAACUCUUGACAAUUUAAUUUAAAAAAAUAAAACUCACUUAACCCAUGUUUCCAGUCCCAAACCAUUAAAUAUUUUGAAUAAAGUUAACAAGUCUCCCUUUAAACACGAUAUUGGAUCAACUGGAAUCGCAAAGAAAAUAUCGUCCAAAGGUUUUUAUAAUUAAAAAGUCAAGGCAGCAAUGCGUCAGACGUUUUAAACAGCAAAACCUGAAUGAUUAAUUGGCAAUUCAACCCUUAAUAAAACAGAUGUGAAGAUAUUAUACUAUCGUUCAAUUUCUAUACAUAGUAAUUAUAUAUUUUUCAUUCCAUCACACUAGAAACACUGAUGCAAAUCCCAAAUACAUAUUCACCUCAUAAGCAUUGGUAGCAGAAAAGUUCUAUACAAGUCUGAGCGACUACACUGAAGAAAAGAGUAUCAUUUAAUCAAUACAGUAGUGAUGUAUCAAUACCUGGACCACGGCUAAACUAAUUAUACAGUAGUUUGAAUCUGACUACAUGCAGUGUUAGAUUGUGCUGAAGUGCAAUACAGAUUUGUACAUAUUGACAUGAGAUCAUUGAGUUUGUAGUUUUUACAUAAAUUUACUGUACAUGCAAAUUCAACGUUGCCUUCUACAAAACGACAAAGAAUUUAUUGUUAAAACUGUUCUCUCAAAGUUUUGAAAUUGGCAAAUGGUUAUUGGUGAACUUCUACAUUAAAGGUCCAGUGUGUAGGAUUUAGGGGAAUAUAUUGGCAGAAAUUGACUAUAUUGUCAUAAUUAUUGUUUCUUUAGUUUAUAAUCACCUGAAAAUAAGAAUUGUAGUGUUUUCACUUCCUUAAAAUGAGCUGGUUAUAUCUACAGAAGGAGUGGGUCCUCGUCCACCAAGCGGGUUAAAAAGAGAAGUGGCGUAUCACACCAUGUCACUGGGGUACAACACAUACACAGUGAAAUCUGCUCUGCACUUUCCAAAAGGUUCAAUACCUGGUGCACUAUCUCAGCACAUGGGAAUGAUUAAUUUGUUUCACUGAGGCAGCCCUGGGGUGUAAUAUUUUUGUAUAAAAAAUAAAGAUAUGGGUUAGAAUAACAAUUCUGCUGUCAUUGAAAAAAAAAAACAGAAUAAAAUGCCAUACAUUUCCUAUAUGCAAAUGUUCUAUUGAAUACUGGCUGCCAAUUAUCUGAGCGUACCCAAAAGUUCUGUGUGGCCGAGCAUACCCAAAAAGCUCCCGUGGGAUAAAAAAGCGUGACCCAGCCAUCUUUAAAUAGCCUUGUCAUCCCAUGGAUGUAUUAUCCAUGGAGUCCGCCCUAUUGCACCACCAUUUUGUUCUACAGUAGCUCAGAAUAGACAAACCAAACACUGGCUCUGGAUAGGGUCAUUUGCAUUUUCAUAUGUUUUCAUUGGCUAUGUAGGUAACGGCCCCUUUGAGAUGUGUAAAAGAGCAUUCGGAAAAACACUAAUUUUUAAUGUGAAACUAUUUUAUUCAGUGAAAAAAAAUGAGCAUGCAUUAGCAGGCAGUGGGCUAGGGGCCCGCUGACAAGCCGAGCAGUCAGAAAAGCAUCGAUUUUUAAUUUAAAACUGCUUUUUUAAAAGUGUUUUUACCGGUUUAAAUGACCUGUUCCGCUUGUUUUGGAGA